AUGGAGGAGCUGAGCACAGCGGCAGUCGCAGCAGCCUAUAUUUUGGUCACAUGGCACGCGUUCAUGGCCUGUUUGAGUUUGCUCGGACAAUACGUUGGUCAGACACGCUACAAGCGGAAUGCCCCUGUUCCAGCAUUUGACAGUACAAGCAAUGUGCCCGGUGUCUCGAUCCUACGACCGUUGAAAGGCAUGGACCUGGAUUUGGCUGACAAUCUACGAUCGUCGUUUGAACAACGCUAUCCCAAGUUCGAGACUAUCUUUAGUGUGGCUGACAGCAAUGAUCCCGCUAUCGAUAUCGUGGAGCAGCUUCAAAAAGAGUAUCCGGAUGCAGAUUGCAGGUUGAUUAUAGGUGAUCGACCUGCUGGUAUCAAUCCCAAGGUGAACAACAUGGUACGAUCCUAUGAAAGUGCAAAGUACGACAUUAUUUGGAUUCUCGAUUCGAAUGUCCAUGUGGGUCGUGAUACGCUUUCGCGUUCGGUGGCAGCCCUUCAGCAACCUGGUAUCGGAUUAGUACAUCAUCUUCCCGUCGCCAUGCAACCUGAAUCCUAUGCAGCACAAGUGGAGCAUCUCUUUUUGGAUACCAACCAUGCCAAAAUGUACUUGGCUAUCAAUGCCGUUGGCUUGGCUUCAUGUGUGAUGGGAAAAUCCAACCUGUAUCGACGCUCGGAUCUUGACAGGGCUGAAAAGGGAGGAUUGGCAGCAUUUGCAAAGUAUAUGGCAGAGGAUAAUAUUGUUGGUGAAGCAUUAUGGCAUAUUGGAUUGCGACACAGCAUGACAGCAGAUACGGCAUGUCAAGUAUUGGGAAGGAUCAGUCUCAAGGAAUAUUGCAAACGUCGUGCAAGAUGGGUGCGUUUACGAAAGUACAUUGUCACGGCAGCUACGCUCACCGAGCCAUUUACCGAAUCCAUCGUAUGCGGAUUGUUGGGUGCUGUGGGAUGGUAUUUGCUAUGGGGUGUAUCGAUACCACGGUUUUUUGCGCUCCAUUGGUUGGCAUGGUUUAUCAACGACUAUGGUUUGUAUCAUCGCCUCGUGAGCACGGCUUCGUAUUCAAAAAAGAGAGGACGGCCCCAUGAACCAUUGGAUCUUUUCAAGUUUACACGAGCUUGGUUAUCACGUGAGAUUUUGGCAUUGCCUCUUUACUUGUUUGCUAUGGCAGGUACAAAGAUUACGUGGCGUGGACAAGAUUAUCGAUGUUUACGCGAUGGAACAGCUAUCGAGACCGAUUCGCCAUCCUUAUUAGCAGAUCCACUUUGA